GUUGGCGCUCAUUUUCUUCGUUGGCGUUUCGGAGGUUGACGCCGGGCUUGCUGAGGGCCGGGGCGGUGUGAUGAUGGCCUACUUCGUGGAGAGCUUCUGGGGGGAAAGGAACAAUGGCUUUGAUGUCCUCUAUCACAACAUGAAACACGGACAUUUGUCAACAAAAGACUUAGCAGACUUUAUAAGAGAAAGGGCUACGAUAGAGGAGGCAUAUUCAAAGUCAAUGACAAAACUAGCCAAAUCAGCGAGCAAUUACACACAACUUGGGACAUUUGCACCAGUUUGGGAUGUUUUCAAAACCUCAACAGAAAAACUAGCAAGCUGUCACUCGGACCUUGUGCGGAGAUUACAAGAGCUAAUAAAAGAAGUUCACAAGUAUGGAGAUGAACAAAUCAAAACUUAUAAAAAGACUAAAGAAGAUGUUUCAGGAACAUUGGAAGCAGUGCAAAACAUUCAAAGUAUCACUCAGGCCUUACAGAAAUCAAAGGAAAACUACAGUGCAAAGUGUGUCGAACAAGAACGUUUGAAAAAGGAAGGAGCAACACAGAGAGAAGUUGAUAAGGCAGCAGUUAAAUCAAAAAAAGCUACAGAUACCUAUAAACUAUAUGUGGAGAAAUAUGCUGCAGUUAAAUCUGUUUUUGAACAGAAAAUGACAGAAACUGCACAGAAAUUUCAAGACAUUGAAGAAAUACACCUUCUUCAUAUGAAAGAGAUUAUAGAAUCAUUGUCAAAUACCAUAAAAGAAAUUCAUUUACAAAUAGGAGAGGUGCAUGAAGAGUUUAUUAAUAACAUGACAAAUACUACAGUUGAGAGUUUAAUACAGAAAUUUGCUGAGUCAAAAGGAACUGGCAAGGAAAGACCUGGCCCUAUUGAAUUUGAAGAAUGUAACAAAUCCAGUGCAGUUGAAGGGAUAAAACCACGGAAGAGGAAGCCUUUUGGUUUAUCAGGAAUAAUGAAAAAAGAAAAAGAUACUGAGUCUGUGGAGUGUCCAGAUACAGACUCAGUUAACUUUCCUGAUGUAGAUGAUGAAGGAUACAGCAUUAAACCAGAAACAUCACAGGAUACCAAAGAGAACCAUUUCUAUUCAUUCAGUGAUUCUGACUCCGAAGAUGAUGAACCCAGGAGGUUCCAUGUAGAAAUAAAGCCUGUCCAGUCAAAUAAUAGCUCUCAAUAUACCAUGCCUUCCUUGGAUGAAUUAAAAGUAUCUAUAGGGAACAUUGUUCUUUCUCCAGCAAUAUCUAAACACAGUUCUGCACAAAUGAAUCGAAAUUCAUCCAGUGAAGAGUUAACAAAAUCAAAGCUUUCUACUCCAGCUAAUGAAAAGGGGAACAGUGACCUUCUGGCAUGGGAUCCACUCUUUAGCAGUUCUCUUGAAUCUUCUUCAGCCUCCUUGGCAUCCUCAUCAGCAAGGCCCACAACUCCUCUUUCUGUAGGCACCAUUGUACCCCCUCCAAGGCCUGCUUCAAGACCAAAGUUGUCUACAGGGAAACUUAGUGGAAUUAAUGAAAUACCUAGGCCGUUCAGCCCUCCAUUGACCUCUAACUCAAGUCCACCACCUGCAGCUCCCUUGGCACAUGCAGAGAGCAUUUCCUCAAUAUCCUCUUCUGCUUCCCUCAGUGCAGCAAGCACACCUAUAGUUGGUGUUUCACGUGGUUCCAGCCCUGUCAGACUUGGAAACCAGGACACCUUGCCUGUUGCAGUAGCCCUUACUGAAUCUGUUAACGCCUACUUUAAAGGAGCAGAUCCCACAAAAUGUAUUGUGAAGAUCACUGGUGAUAUGACAGUAUCAUUCCCAAGUGGGAUUAUUAAAGUCUUCACCAGCAACCCAUCUCCAGCUGUGCUCUGCUUCAGGGUAAAAAACACAAGUAAACUAGAGCAGAUUCUUCCAAAUGCACAACUUGUAUACAGUGAUCAGUCACAAAGUGACUCCAGUACUAAGGAUUUUUGGAUGAACAUGCAAGCUAUAACUGUCUACCUCAAGAAAUUAUCAGAGCAGAAUCCAUCUGCCUCCUAUUAUAAUGUGGAUGUUUUAAAGUAUCAGGUAUCUUCAAAUAGCAUCCAGUCCACUCCCUUGAAUCUUGCAACUUACUGGAAAUGUAAUGCUAGCACUACUGAUGUGAGAGUGGAUUAUAAAUACAAUCCAGAGUCUAUGAAUGUGCCUAGUAUGCUGUCUAAUGUCCAGGUUGUGGUACCAGUAGAUGGAGGAGUAACAAACAUGCAAUCACUUCCACCUGCAAAAUGGAAUACAGACCAGACGAAAGCUUAUUGGAAAAUAUCUAGCAUUUCAGAGAAGUCCGAGAAUGGAGGUUCUGGAUCCCUCAGGGCAAAAUUUGAACUUUCAGAAGGACCCAGUAAACCAGCAACACUUGCAGUGCAAUUCAUUAGUGAAGGAAGCACCCUUUCAGGAGUAGAUGUAGAGCUAGUAGGCACUGGCUAUCGACUUUCUCUCCUUAAGAAGAGAUUUGCCACUGGACGGUAUAUGGCAGACUGCUGAUGAACCUGUGGAAGUCAUUGGAUCAAAGGAGUGCAAGAAGCUCACUCUGCCUUUUCUACUUUUCAAACACUAUUUUAACAUGCAUUAAUUUUUUAAAAAUGUUGACCUAUUUUUGAGGAUGAACUACAAAACAGAAAAUGCACUUUUAAAAGUCAUUUUGCAAACUUUUUAUUACUUUAUAAUAGCACUGAAGUUAAUUUCAACACUGUCUGUAAAUUAUCAUCUGCAAUAUUUGGAAAAAUUUGUUCAAAUUUUAGUAAAUUUAUAUAGAUGAAGUCAAAAUAAUAAUCAGUAUUUGUAAUGAAAGUAUGAAAUUGUAUGUUAUACUGCAAACAUUAAACCUAAACAUGUAGGAAAGCAAGUAAGAAAUAUUUGACCUUUCCAUAAGUAAUAAUAAUUUUUCAGAUUCUUUAAUUGCCAGUUUUUAAAGAAAACAGAGGCAAAUUCUCACGUAGUUCUUCCAUCCACUCAUGCCAUAAAACCAGCUGAGUUAGAGAUGUAUAAAAAAAAAAUGUAACUUGAUGCCUGUGUAUCAUAUAUUAUUAACAUGUAAGUUGUUUUAUAUAGGGUUUUUUCCUAAGUGCAAUGUGUUACAAAAUUGCAAAAGACAGAAGAGAUUUACUUCUGCAGUUAGUAAAUUUUAUAAGUGUUGUGAUUGUUUGAAUCAAUGCUGUAGAUUUAAUUUAUUUUUAUAUGAAUUGCAUAACAUUUGUGCCUUUAAAAAAACAAACCUGUGCCUAUCCACUUUGUUAUUCACAUGCCUCAAUUCCUUUUUCAAAGUUUGGCUCUUCAUCAAGAAAGCACGGUGUUUGUAUAAUACAUACAACUUUAUAAAAAUUCCUUUGACUGGGAUUUAGAAGGCAGAUUUGCAAAACUGGAGGUUGUUUUAAAAGAGGUUUAAAAUGCUGGUUUACUUCCUCAUGGGGUAAUUGCAAUAAAUGCGGCUGUAGUAAAGGGAGAUGCAUCAUGCAGGACUUUGAAACUUUGAUAGUAACUUUAAUGUCACCAAAGAUGAAAAUCCUGAAAAAUCACAGAUGAUGGUAAAAGCAAACAGCAUUUCCUUUCACUUUGACUGCAAGUCUUUGGAAUUUAUGUGCUUUGAGGGUUGUGUGAUAUGAAUGUAAAUAUAUUACUUUGGAAGGAAUAGCAUUUUAGAAGGGUAUUUUAUAGCAGCAGGAUGACAAGUACUGCCAUUUCUAUUAUUUUAAAUUUUAUCUAAACCCACCAAUUUUAAUAUUUGUAUUGUCAUCUAAUCUGCUUGCCACAGCCUUAGCACAGGGAAGUGACACAUUAGUAACAUCUUUUAAAGCAGGUCACUAAUUUAGAAAAUAUUUUAUGUAUUUGUAUUAUCAAGUGUUUUUUCAAUGCUGAAAUCAAAAGUAUUAGGGCAAAAUAAUUCAAUAACCUACAAGUGGGAAUUUUAUAUGACCAUUUUGAAUACCAGUAUCUAUUUCAAAUUCUCUAUUAAAACAAUAAAACUUGCUUGAACCAGUAAUUAAUUGACUGCUGAAGCUUUACAAUAAAUUAAGCUUUGUAGAGGCUACAUAAAUUCUAAUGUAUACUACACACUUUUGCAGAUAAGAGUUCCAUUAUUAGCACUAAGCACAUACUGUACUGUAGAUUUGAUUGGAAGAGUAUUUGGCUCUUAACUUGCUAAUCUUAUUGAAUGGUAAAUUUCUAACUCAUAUAAAAUGGUACAGUCUUUUUACUGGAAUCUUAAUUGUAAUCUGCUUUGCAAUCAAACUGCGUUUAACAUGACAAUAUUUUAUUAAUGAAAACCCAAAACUGCAUUGCUUUUUUUAAUCAAGCAUUACUUUCAUUUCUUAGUUAAGUAGGUCUGUUUCAGCACUUUUAAACUAGGUGAUUAUACAUACAUUUGCAUUGGGUGCAGGUUGCAACUUUGAAGCCAUACAAGUUUAUAUAGACUUUUUGUAAAGAAAUUAAAAACAAUGUAAAAAGUACAUGUGUCUGUCUGAUAAGAAAACCAUAUGUAGCAAGCUGGUUCUUGCUUGUGUAUACAGCACUAUCCUUUGUAGCUGCCUCCUAAGAAAAUUAAUUUGUAAACACAACUCUAAAGGAUCUGAAUUUUUAUGGAUUGUUACUACAUCGGACUGUAAAUUAGAGCAUACAAGUUUAUCUUACAAAAAUUGUAAAUAUUUCUGAUUUUUCAUAAAAUAUAAAUUUUAAAAAAUUUUGCAUUCAUAAUAAACAUGUAAUAUAUAAUUUAAA